AUGGUCGUCAAAUGUUUGUUCAACACUGAUGGAUGGCUGAUAAUAGAAGAACAGGGAGUUUUGAGAGUCUACUUUGACCGGAAACUACGGGUUGCUGCCAUAGUAGAAAGCGUCGAUGAAUUUCAGUGCUAUAAAUUGGCAGGUGACAGUAAUGAGGGACCAUCGAUAUUUGGGAUUAAAGCUGGCAAAGUGGUUCGGAUGUGGUACGAUAAAUAUUUAGGCCGUUUGCAAGAAGAGUGUGUCCUGAGCGUGAGUUUUCAGAUCUCGAAAUUUCAAAUUCUGCCGGCUGUGGGAUGGAUUCUAGCCACCGAUAGUGUCGCAGGAAUUUUGCACAUUUUUGACACCAUUGAUGGUCGCUACAGAGGUCGAAUUAAAAUCGAUCCGGAUUGUGAUGAAAUUUGUGUGAGUGGCCCCAAGGAGUUUCGGGUUUUAGCUCGCAAAUUCGAUCAGAAUUCGCUGCUGAUCAAGACAUUUCUGAAUACGUAUACCAUUGGCGACAAAUAUCAUACUUUUCUAGUGGCAAGUGUCCCAGUAGACCACCAAUUCGACAAUCGCUGGAUUUGCAAGGGUGUGAGCCAACAAGACCCUUUCGCGCUCGUUAACUGCAAAGCUACAAGUCUACUGGAGUUUUUCCUUCCAACAGCUCAAACCGCAUUCCAGAAAUUAGCACUGACAGAAUUGGUUUUGCCCGGCCAGAGCUGGUUCUCAGCCGCCUUCAACAUGAUUUUGGUGCUUCAAGCGCCUCAAGGUUUUUCUUUUCGCAUGUGCGAAUUGGAUAUUGUCACUAACCGGGAAAUUCGUUCGGUGCCCUUGAUAGAAGAGUCCGUUCGUGGACGCUACAAAAUUGACCACCAUUGCCACAACUCCAUUGAGAAACUCAGCACAGUGACCGACACCUUCUCCCCAUCAGAGCUGCGAUUUUUGGGACGAUUCUCCUACUCAGUCGCGAUAUUUGAAGUAUUACGAUCGCCAAACCUGCUGCUGGCAUGGCAAGAAGGGUAUCUAUGGGAAUGGUGGUUCCCCUCUGCCGUUUUUGCCAUAGCUAGGGCUGCGACGGGCUCUGCCAUCGUGGUCGAGUGCGGCGCCAGGGCCUCCAGAGAUGCAACCGAAAUUUUUCAAAUCAAAAUCGCACCGCGAGGAUCCCUCCCGGAGUGCUCAGUCGUAUCCAACUGA